UCGCUGCACGAGACAAGAUGUCGGCCCUCCUCGUGGUAUGUAUUUCCCUGUGUGUGGCUGUCCCGGCCGUUCAUGGAAGUAUCAACUCUGUCAUGAGCCGGCUGUCGGACCGGAUAUUCCUGGACCAGAAUACCCGGGAUAGUCCAGGACAUCCGCCUUUCUCUUGGAGCCACAAUAAAGGACUCUACGGCACUGAGGUAAAACUAAACUUCCACGGGGAGCCGGAAAUGGCGGUACUCCGGGAGGCGUUCUCGAUUUAUGACAAUAACAUGUUUGCGACGGCCUGGAUCACGGCGUGCUCACUUGAGACCACACUGUACGGGACGGGACCCAUGACUAUUCCCCUUAUGAUCGAUUCCGCCGUGGAAGCAAUCGGGAACUUCCACAACCGGAACUACAACUUCACCAACUCCAUCAUGACCUUCUGGCCCCAGGUUUACAACGCCACGACUCGGACAUUCCAGAGUACUCCCUCUAACCUGCUGCAGCUAUUACAACUCGCGGACACCUUCCCUGUUAAACUGAUCGAAGACCUCAUGAAGAUAUUUGGCCUGAAGGACAUGGAGCAAGUCGUUGAGCAUCUCAUCCAAGAAAAGGACAUGUUUUCCCGCGCUUUCCAUAUCCCUCCUGACUUUGACGACACCUUUGUGAACCUUGGAUUGGGAGCCCUGCUCAGAAAUGCACAGGAAUCAUAUCCACAGUCAUGGAAACAAUGGCAGAUACAAAACUCUAAUGUGACAUCAGCACUGCACGCGCUCCGGAAGUACGCCUAUAGGCCGUCCUCAACUAACCCGGAUGUGAACACAAUCGACCCGAGAACUUAUUUUUACAUGAGAUCCUUUCUAAGCGAGCAUCAUGACGAAAAUCUCGCGUUGGUGCCCACAUGGAUCCAGAAUACGCGCGAGGCUAUGCAGGGUGACAAAAAGGGCGUGUCAAUGCCUUUUUCCGUCAACAAUGUUGACGUCACUGUUGCUGCCAACGCCAUUUAUGGUUUAACAUCCGGGCUCCUGUCGAACAUCAUCGAUGACGUCGAGUUUGACGCCGACCUACAGAGAAUAUACCUGAACACAUCGUCACUUAUCGCCCACGAGCUGUCAUACAACUUUUCCUCGAGGCCUGAUCUUGCCCUCACGUAUUAUCCGUCCAAACAUGAAUGCUACUGGUUCGUGGCUCGAACCUUAUCGCUAAUGCAAAGAUAUCUUCUUAACAACAACGAGACCGACACACUUCCGUUUCCGGUGAUGAACACGGUCAAACUCGCGUUUGAGAAUACUCUGAAACGGGAAGUAACUCCAGAGAUCCUAAAGGCUUCAAAGGAUGAUUUUGAAGGUCGGAUAUACUGGGACAAUUUCCUGGGGGACGGGGACAUCAACUCUGACAACUCGUCUGUGGUCCGUGCCGAGGACCGAAUUUUCACCACUGCCAUGGUGGUCAAUACCUUAAUUGACGUAUGGACCGUGUACAACCAAUCAGCAUUCAGGCUGGAAUGGUUACCAGGUGUCUCUCCCCAACUUAACGACACAAUCAAACGAGCGGUGGCCUGGCUCACUGACUUCUCCCUCGGCCCUACGUACAAACCCUGGAACACGUUCUUCUCUGGCUCUGGCAAGGGAUUAAAGAGCCUGCCGUUUUGGUACCCUGCCAACAGAAUCGAGUACAUGAACGGAACCGCAGUAAACUCCUCAGUUAUCCCCCAUGGCGUCAACUUUCUCAUAGGGAUUUCAGGCUACGUGCCCGAUGAGAAGUACAACGCCAUGUUGAAGGUGCCCCAUUUCGGAGUUAUGACGCCCACGGACUUUCCUGGAUUCAAUGACCCUACGGAACCUCACGGGUUUUUCCCGUUCUGGUCGUCGGAUUCUUAUACAUAUUCUGCCACUUUGAUGGCGCUGUCUAAAUAUACUAAUAUAAAGCAAUGAUUGUAAAAUUCAUGGUUGAAAUAGUUUUUUGAUCAAUAUUUUUGCUUUCCUUAACAAAUCUGAAUUGCCUGCUGACGGAUUUCAGCAAAAUUCA